CCGGGUAGCAGGGCCCUGUCCCUCGGUGUGUGUCCACGGCCGGGGCCGGCCUCAGUGGGGCCUGGGGGCUCGAGUUGUCCGGCGUCGAGGGGGCGCGAUGGCGGCGGCGGCUCAGCAGCAGCAACAACAACAAGCACCACAACCACCAGCGGGAGGCCUGAGCCUGGAGCAGGCGAAAGUGGUGCUGGGUGAAGUGAUCAAGGCCUUCAGUUCCCCUGAGAAUGCCGUGAGGAUGGAGGAAGCCCGUGACAACGCCUGUAACGACAUGGGCAAGAUGCUGCAGUUUGUGCUGCCCGUGGCUACCCAGAUCCAGCAGGACGUCAUCAAAUCCUAUGGCUUCAGCAACGAUGGAGAAGGGGUGCUGAAGUUCGCUCGUAUCAUCAAGACCUACGAAGGUCAGGACCCUGAGAUCGCCGCGAUGUCCUCCAAGCUCAAGUCCAUGUUUCUGCCUCCGAUGACGGUCCCUCCACACAGCACUAACAUCUCCGCAUCGUAGAGAGAGAAGGAGGGGUGAGGGGGGUUUGGAGGGUCGGAGAGGGCACUCGAUCUCUGGGUCCAGAGACGCACGUGCCUUUUCCUCCUUAAAACAAAAAGUUUGUUUCUGUCCGGUGCCACCGAACAUGCGCUGACUCUGGCGUGCUCAGAACAUUGCUCGUCCACGUCCCCUCCACAUCUACCCAUCACGUACCCUCCCCCCGGCUCUGCCAUGUUCCUGCCCGCCCCACUCUGAGCACCAGUCCCCUCCAUCCCUGUGGAAGGAGUGCCAACGUGAGGGGAAUUCACUGAGGAGUGCCCCCUACAGGCGGAACCCUCUGCCCGCUCAUGGCACCUGAGCUGAGACACCUUUUCGUGCCCGUAUCUGGGGGGUGCGGGAGCUGGGCAGGGCAAGUGGAAGGGAAUCACUGUGCCUGGUGUUCCCCCCACCACCACCAGCAGUCUGCUCGGUUCCUCCCUUUGUGUGUAACUAAGGAUGUGGUUGAGCUGUGUUUGUAAACAGCAGUUGGGUGACCUGAUGCACCUCCCCCCUCCCUCCCUCCCAGGAUAGGGCGGGCAAAUUCAUUUAAACUCGCAAAGUAGAGAUCCCGUGGCACUGAUUUUGGUACCAAAAUGACUCCAAGGCUGAGUGGAGACACCCAGUUACCCUCUCUCAUACCCAGCCACAGCCCUGCUUGGUCCCAGGGUGGCCCUGGGACUGAGUGGAGAUACCCAGUUACCCUCUCUCACACCCGGCCACAGCCCUGCUUGGUCCCAGUGUGGCCCUGGGACUGAGUGGAGAUACCCAGUUACCCUCUCUCACACCCGGCCACAGCCCUGCUUGGUCCCAGGGUGGCCCUGGGACUGAGUGGAGAUACCCAGUUACCCUCUCUCACACCCGGCCACAGCCCUGCUUGGUCCCAGGGUGGCCCUGGGACUGAGUGGAGAUACCCAGUUACCCUCUCUCACACCCAGCCACAGCCCUGCUUGUCUCUAGGGUGUUGGCUGGUUCAUUCUGUAAUUGAUUGUAAGAUACCGGGGGUCUUUGGUGGAGGGGGGGUGGGGUGGGGAGUGUUAACACACAGCCUGCACUGUGCUGUAAUCCACCACCCACUGCCCGCAUCGCAUCCUUUCUUGAUUGCACACUGGUUUCCAUUUGAAACUCUGUUAUCAGCUCGCCCUCCCCCGACAUAGGGAUGUGGGAGGAAAAGGCACAGCGUGGUUGAUUUGGAACAGGAUUGCCUCGAUAUUUACGAGGCUUCGGUUUUGUUUUCAGUUUGCAUUUCGAAGGACUCUGAGUCCACUAGAGACCGCACUGGGACAGUGUGUUACCUCUGCAACUUCAAAGGCAAGUUUCCUGUCUAAGCCAGCCCACUGACCACAGACAGACUUCCUGCCUUUAACACUGGUGAGACCUAACUACAGUAACAGGGCAAGUUUAAAAAUGCUCGUUGCUGCCGUCUACUGAGAAAUGGAAAGCAGGAAUGAUUUAGCAUUGUUCCUUCCUUGGAUCUCUAGUCAGUGGCCGGAAGGACUGCGUUUUCCAUCCGGGCUGCUGCACUCCCUCUGUGACUUUGCAACUGGUGGCUCUGUUUCUAUUGGAAGUGGAGCUGUUGCAAUGCAGGGGCCACUGAGCACGGCUACGGGAGUGAUCAGAUCACCUGCUCUGGGGGAUGAAAGUUGACCAGGGCACGAGCGGAAGUCACCCCGCGGGACGUUUCCACUUGACCGUCUGUGAAGCAGCAACCUUCGACAGUGUGGUGCACCCUGCCCCUCGAUAAAGCUGUGGCACCCUUGGGGAAGGGCGAGCUAGUUAAGGUGUUCGGGGUGGGGGAGGGGGCAAGGGCAGUCGCUAACACCUGCCAUAGUGGGCUCUCACAUAGCAGUGGGGUGUGGAGUGGAAGGCAGCACGGUGGCUAACCAGGGACCCGGGUUUGAUUCCAGCAUCAGGUGACUGUCUGUCUGUGUGCUGCUUGCAUGAGUCCCUGCUGGAGUGGAGUGGGCAGCCCUGACACCGACAACGUAUGGCAGGCGUUCGGCAUCACCCCAGAGAGACAUUCUGCAGAGAUUUUUUUUUAAAAAGCACCUCUCCUUUCAAGCAGAGCUACAGUCAAAACAAAUUGAAACCGCUGGUCUGAUGAGCGUGUCUUUUAUCAUCUGGUUGCUGGUGGGGUCAGGGAAUAAUUUCCUCCUAAGCUGACAGUGGAGGGGGCGGGUUGUGCAUGUUGACAGGGUUAAGUGUUUGGGGUUUUUUUCUGCGUUCCCCCAGGUUUGUUUAUUUUUCCCUUCCACCUUGAAAUGCGGAUUACUCCAAGCGACCAUAUCAUUCCAGCUGCUCCUGUACCCGGUCCCUUCAAGUGGCUGUUUACAGAGAAAAGCGUUUCCUUUCGAUUCACGGCUAUGGAAGCAAGCUGGGCCGGUCCCUGUGCUCCCUCCUUCCCUCAUCCUGAUCCUCAGGCCCACCGUCCCUCCAAAGGGCUGUUCUAACUUCCCCUCCAAUGCCUCUCUCUUCACUGGGACAGGUUCCACAGUGUUGCCGUCCUUGCCAGCUACGACUGCCUGCUUUUCCACUUUCAUUCCAGGUUGGCUGUGUUCUGUCCCUGGCAGCACGGUGAUUGGGGUCUGCUACGUUUAAGGUGAAUCUCUUUCGCAGUUUAAGAUGAGGGGGGGUGGAAGGAGGUGCUUUCUUUGAAAAUUCUAGUUUUUUUUUUCAAAAUACAGUCACCGGAUGCUGCGGAGCACACAGGGGAGUUUACAGAAUGUCUGAAAAGGCUGUGCUGAAAGGUGUACGUGAUGUGACUUGCCUUGAUUAUGAGCUCCUGCGAUUGACGGUGCUAUUCAGAGACUUAUUGCUCCUGUCUGUCGACAUGCACGCUGCGUUUUCCUCUAUUAAUGUAAAUGUGUUUUAAAAUACCUUGUCCUGUGCUGGACAGUUCCAUAUCACGUACAACAAAGUUGAAAUAAAUGUCAUUAGUUUACUUGA